UAUUCAUAGACAGUACUUUAAAACGGCAUACAAAGCUCUUUCUUAUUUAAGGAAAUAAAGCUGUAGGCGGCAAGGAUUCAACGUCACACUCCUCCUCGGUAGGAGGCGCAAGCGCACCGCCAUCAGAGAAGAAGAAGAAGAAGUUCCGCUCACAUGUUCUGUGCUGUAGUUUAAGCUUUAGAUCUGCGGGACUCACAGAUAAAGCAGCGGUGUUUACUCUACUGUGCUCACGAUGGCUUCGUCGGAGUCCUCCGUCAGAAAGCAGAGGAAGGCGGCGAAGAGGCCGCUUAGCGAGGAUCCGGAUCGCAGCGCGGCGGAGGAGCGCGGUCAGCAGCAGCGGCACCAGGUGCUGUGCGCGACGCUCCGCGGGGAGGACGCGUCAGUCCGGCUGCUGGAGGAGCUGCUGUUCGGCGCGGAGGAGCGGCUCGCGGAGCGCCUCACGGACAGCAGUGUGUUUCUGGAGGAGGACGACGCAGGCAGCGUGUGCUCGGAGGACCAGACGCAGCCGGCCGUCCGGAGCGCCGCGUGGGAGGAUGAGGACGAUGAGCAGGAGGAAGAGAUUGACAUGACACAUCGGUUUCGCAGAGACUUUAAAAAGAGUGAAGCGGAAAAUAAAAUGACAAAACAGAGGCUACAGCAACGCCUAAAGGAGCAGUUUCAGAAAGCCAUGGGCGGCACACCCAGCUGGGCAGAAGCCACAGCCAAGAGAAGCAUGAAGAAAGCAGAGCACGAGAGUGAAGAUGAGGAUGAAAGUGAAGAUCUGUUGCGAAGGACGGGUAACUUCAUCGGCUCGUCCAACAGCCUGCCGAAGGGAAUUAUUAAGAUGAAGAAGUGUGUGAAUGCGAACAGUGAGUGUCCCGGCGGUGAUCAGCUGACCUCAGUGCAGUUUCACCCGUCUGCGCAGAUCGUGAUGACUGCAGGUCUGGAUCACUCCGUAUCACUCUUUCAGGUGGAUGGCAAGAGCAACCCAAAGAUCCAGACCAUCCAUCUGGAGAAUUUUCCAGUGAGCAAGGCUUCGUUUAGCGCUGAUGGUGAACAUAUAGUGGCGACUGGACUGAGGAACAAACUCUUCUACAUCUAUGACAUGAUGGAGGGCAGAGUUCUCCCUGUGUCUAGUGUGCGAGGUCUGAAUGAGCAGUGGGUGUUAGACUUCCAGGUUUCUCCGGAUGGAAAGUAUCUUCUCCUCUCGGGAUCCUCAGGAUAUCUCCAUCUCAUGACCACAAAGACCAGAGAGGUGAUCCGGAGCAUGAAGAUGAAUGGCAGUGUGUGCGCUGCCGCGUUCACCACAGACAGCAGCCAGAUCUUUGCCAACUCCCAGGAAGGAGAGGUGUUCAUCUGGGACGUGCAGAGCAGUAAGUGUCUGAAGAAGUUUCCAGAUGACGGCUGUGUCAGAGGAACUUCUCUUGCUCUGUCCAGGGAUGGCCUGUAUCUGGCCUGUGGGUCUCAGAGCGGUGUGGUGAACAUCUACUCGCAGCAGGACUGCCUGCAGAAGCUGGAGCCCAGACCUCUGAAGGCCAUCAUGAACCUGGUGACAGCGGCGAGCUCCCUGUGCUUCAACAGCACCUCAGAGAUCCUGGCCAUCGGAUCCAGAGCGGACGACGAGGCCAACCGACUGGUCCAUCUUCCAAGUUUUACGGUGUUCUCCAAUUUUCCACAGUUCCAAAAGAAGACUAUAUUUCAAACCUGUUGUCUGGAUUUCUCCCCGCGGAGCGGAUUCUACUCUGUGGCCAAUAAUAAAGGCCAUGCGCUGCUCUUCAGGCUUCUGCAUUACUCUGACUUCUAGAGAUGAAGCACCGCGUUCCACAAAGCAAACGGCUCAGACUGAAUACAUGUUUUACUUCUGUCAGCUCCUAGGAGUUCAGCUCAAUAAACCUUUGCCACAUGACUGA